GCGCGUUGCCCGCUAAAGCGUUGGGUGGGCAGUGAGCAUGCGUAUCAUAACUCAAGUUGAUAACUGGAAAUUGAACAUGCGUAAUUAAGCUUUCUGAAUAGGAAACACACACACACACACACACACAACAAAACUCUUCGUUUGUAGAACAUGCGCAUUCGUUCUCUGUAGCUUUUUUCGUGUCGAAAAUGAGCAUGCGCCUAGAGAGAGGGUUGGUCCUCUGAAGUUUGAACCGGGCGAAGCUGCGGGUACUGUCGGUUGUUCACUUUUUUGAGGAAAUAGCCCUAGUUUGUUGCUCAGCAUGUCAAUAGUAACAGUGCAACUUGGUCAGUGUGGCAAUCAAAUUGGUUUUGAAGUGUUUGAUGCUUUACUUCAUGACUCACACAAUUCCCAGGGACUCUGCUCUAAAAGAGAGAAUGAGGCAUAUCAAGCAUCAUGCAAAGAAAGAUUCUUCAGUGAGGAGGAAAAUGGAGUUCCUGUUGCCCGAGCUGUUCUUAUUGACAUGGAACCUAAAGUUAUCAAUCAAACAUUGUCAAAGGCUGCCCAGUCUGGCCGAUGGAAAUAUGGUCAGCAUGCAUGUUUCUGUCAAAAACAAGGUUCUGGAAACAACUGGGCAUAUGGUUACUCUGUUCAUGGACCCAAGCAUGAAGAAUCUAUAAUGAACCUAAUUCAGAAGGAAGUGGAGAAAUGUGACUCUUUGAGUGGUUUUUUCAUCAUAAUGAGUAUGGCUGGGGGCACGGGAUCAGGGAUAGGAGCCUUCGUUACACAGAAUUUACAAGAUCAGUUCUCAAACUCUUUGAAAAUGAAUCAGAUUAUAUGGCCUUAUGGAACCGGUGAGGUUAUUGUUCAGAACUACAACUCCAUUUUGACUCUUUCUCACUUGUACCGAUCUUCAGACGCCCUCCUUGUCCAUGAGAACGACACUGUUCAUAAGAUCUGCGCGAAACUAAUGAACAUCAAGCAAAUCUCCUUUAGCGAUAUAAAUCAGGUCCUUGCGCAUCAGCUGGGAAGUGUUUUCCAGCCUACUUACUCUGCAGAAGGCCCAUUUCACUACAGAAGAAAUCCACUAGGAGACUUAAUGGAGAAUUUAGUCCCCCAUCCUGAAUUCAAGAUGCUGGGUAUUCGUAACAUUCCUCAGAUGUCUGAGAAGUCACUGGCAUACAGCACGUUUACUUGGGCUGGCCUCCUCAAGCAUUUGAGACAGAUGCUCAUUUCUAAUGCGAAAAUGGAAGAAGGUAUCGAUUGGCAAGUACAGCCUCCUUUAUCAGGACUUCCUCCUCUUGGUAAAGUGUCUCUCAACAAGGAGCUUCGUUUCAACACUUCCAUUGCCAAUUUAGUCAUUCUUCGUGGGAAGGAUGUGCAAAGCGCAGAUCUGGAGGGAUUUAAAGAUCCAGCUCUCUAUACUUCCUGGUUACAGCCUGUUAAUGCUUUUAAUGUGUGGAAAACUCAGCGUGCCUUCAGAAAAUACGAGAAGUCUGCAGCAUUGGUCAGCAACAGCCAGUUCUUAAUAAAACCACUUGAUAUGAUUGUGGGCAAAGCGUGGAAUAUGUUUGCCUCAAAGGCCUACAUUCAUCAGUACACAAAAUUUGGAAUUGAAGAAGAGGACUUUUUGGCCAGUUUCACGUUGUUGGAGCAAGUUGUUGCCAGUUACCGUAACCUCUGAUUUUGAACAAAGGAGAAAAGUACCUUAACGUGCUUUUGGACUUAAUACGUUCUCUAUAAGGUUUUCAAA